AUGCUAUCGAUUGGUACGACUUUUUGGGUACGCAAUGGUGUAGUUCGGCUCGGUCCAGUGGCUGGUGGAAUCAGAAUCUCGAGCCCAGUCAAAAGAGAAGUCGGAAUGCGUCCUAUUCUUUUGCUAUCCCUGGUGGUCCUGGCCACUCUGGUUGUCCUGUCAACGCAGGCAACCACAUCCACUGCAACCACCGCCGCCACCACAACGACCACUACCACAACCACUACCACCACCACGGCUUCCUCAACCACCACCACAACCACCGAGAAGACCAAGAAGAAGAACCGCCUCCGCGAGGAGCGCAGGCGCAGACUCCGCAGAGAACGAAGAAUCGAAAGAGCAGAAAGGAACCGCAGGAACCGCGACAGAGAUGGCGUUCGUAUCGUGAGGCGUUACCAUGUUCGGGAGCGCCGGUACAGACGUUACUAG